AUGACGUCUCUCUCAUUCUCGCUAGCUCCAGACGCGUUGGUGAAGCUCCACAACACGUUGAUAUGCCUGUCCAAGUUCAGCGACUCUGUGACAAUCGAAGCAGAACAAAACUUGCUUCGUCUUAGUACGCUUAAUUCCACGAGGACUGCGUACUCUGCCUUUGGGCUAGAAGCAGACAAAUUCUUUCAGAGCUAUGCCUUCUCAAGAAGGAUAGAGGACGAGACAGCGAGGGCUGAUCCUCUGGACCGCUUCUGCUGCCAGAUCUAUCUAAAGGCUCUCCUCUCCGUCUUCAAGGGAAGGGCCAACGAAAAAGAUAAAGACACGGCAGUUGAGCUCUGCGAGGUGGAAUUAUACGAGGAUGAAGAACAGACAGCAUGUAGGCUGGCCGUGCGAAUGAUCUGCGGUCUAGGGGUGAUCAAGUCUUAUAAGCUCACGUAUGAGCCGAUCAGUGCACAGCAUGCUGUGUUUGACCGGAGUAGAGCGACAAAUCAGUGGGCGAUCGAGCCCAAGUUCCUGAAAGAGAUCAUUGACCACUUCAGUCUGUCAGCGGAGCAGCUUGAUAUCUCGGUCGACGCGGGCAAGGCUGUGUUUACAAGUUUCACCACGAAAAUUACUGACGGGAAAGAGGUUCUGAAGCAACCCGUGCAUACGUCUGUGGCGAUUGCCAAGCAGGACUUUGAUGAGUUCCUAGCCGAAGAGAAUCUCCAUGUUGCCAUUAAUCUGAAAGACUUCAAGUCGGUGGUAUCGCAUGCCGAUUCAUUGGAUGCCACCAUAACUGCGCGAUAUACUCGCCCCUGUCGCCCUCUGCAACUGGCAUACGAGAUCGAGGGCCUGAGGUGCGAAUUUACAUUGAUGACAAGGGGAGAAGCGGAUGGCGAGCAAACCUCGAGUUCUUCCCGAUCGAACGCUCCCCAACUGUCUGCAAGACAGACUCCAGUCCCGAUACCCGUCCGGCAAGUCCACAGCAAGAAUACCAACGACAAUGCACCCCCCGUAAGGACACAGGCAUCGAGCCGGUCUAUCCGCCCCUUGACGGGGAAUUCAACACUUAAUACACAGAGAAGCAGCAGCGCUCCAAAGCCACCGGCGGCAUCUGUCGAUCUGGACAGCCUCUUCGUUCCAGUGGAUGACGACAGGCAAUGGGACGAGCCAAAUUAUGAGGCCCAGGACGAGGAUGUGCUUGGCUGGGACGCAACGGGAGAUCAGGAACCUUUGGGUCGAGGUCUGCGGGACACAGAGCCAGCAUCAGCUUCGCACCAGAACCAAACAGAACCGAGCCAGGAGGGUAUGGGCAUACCGCCCACUCAGCGCAUGUCACAGGUUCGCGGCCUAGGCCUGUUUGACUAGAAUUUCGUCGGUGUUCGUUGUCCCCCCCCCCCUCCUCUUCGCGAUAAUCCAGCUGGUCGCACACCCUGCCCCGACGCCCGACACAACCGAGCCGUUCUCCAGGUCAAUAGGGAUCCGGAUAUAUCUCCCCGCGACGUUCCCACGC